CCACACUUAGCACGACAUUGCCCUCAAUGGAGCAGAGGGAUAGAGAAGGGGAACGAUGUUACCUGAUGGAAACUGCUGGGGGACUGGAAGUGGACCAGUCAGCGAGCAACAAACGGGAAGAUGGACAGUUCUGCACGAAUCGAACACCAAGAACACACUAGCACACGUUGUGUUAGGGAUAAGUGGUAGCCCAGACGGCUACAGCAAAAACAAUCCACAAAAGAAAAAAAACAAAAACAAAAACAAACGACACUAAGUUCAAGCUCCUCACACAUGGAGCAAACACACACAAGUCUAAAACGAAAAACAAAACACACUGAGAUGAGCAACGAGUACAGCCUACUCGUCGCCGAGGUUAUCCAGGUCGAUGUCAGUCAUGAAUGCAUCGUCGAAUUUAUAGGCCGAGUCUCGGCCACACGGCCUGGUUCACAUGGUCGUGUCAAGAGCACUGUUGCCCGUGUCGGCCGACACGGGCUGGCCGAGGGACUUCACUCGGCCGUGCCGAGUGCACAUUUGCCCGUGCCAAAUUAUGCGAGAGCAAACACGGCCAGGGCAAAUUUCCACACGGCCGUGCCAACAUCUCAUCUGGCCGUGUGGAAUUCUGCGAGAGCUCACACGGCCAAAAUUAUUUUCCACACGGCCGUGUGACAUUCAGGGCUGGCCGUGUGAGCUGCCAGAACUCUGAAAAUGACCUGUUUUCACUCCAGAACGACAUACAACUCGUGAACAACCCCUCAAGACUCAAAAAACACAAAAAAUCAUAAAGAAAAAGGUAAGAAAAUG